AUGGGUUCCAAGAAGUACUUCGGCCUUACCGGCAACGCCCUCAACAACCUCAGGAUCCUUCUCAUCAUCGCGCCCAGCUUCAUUCUUUACGGCUACAACAUCGGCGUCGUCGGCGGCCUGCUGACCGAGGAGGACUGGGUCAAGACGUUCCCCGAGAUCGACACCGUCAACACCUCCGGGGACGAAAAGUCUCGCAACUCGACGCUACAGGGACUCGUCGUUGCUACCUUCACCAUCGGCGCCACCAUCGGCUCGCUUUCCUGCUCGUGGACCGGAGACGUCUACGGACGUCGAAACAUCAUCUUCUUCUCGUCUAUCCUCACGCUCAUCGGCGAAGUUCUCAUGGCGGCCUCUUUCGGUCUGCCUCAGUUCGUUGUAGGACGUGUCCUCACCGGCCUCGGCAUCGGCCAGCUCAGCUCCAUCGUCCCGGUCUGGCAGUCCGAAACAUCCGCCGCAGCGAACCGUGGCCGCCAAGUCGUCAUAUCCGGAGUCUUCAUGUGCGUCGGUUACAUGCUCGAGUCGUGGAUCGACCUCGGCUUCUUCCAAUUCCAUUCCGGUCCCAUCACGUGGAGGCCGCCCCUGGCCAUAGCUGUAUUCUUCUCCAUUGUUCUCAUGGUAUCGAUUUACUUCUUCCCAGAAUCGCCGCGCUGGCUAGUCAUGAAGGGGAAGAACGAACAGGCACGCUUCGUCAUCUCUGUUCUGAAGUCACUCCCGGCAGAUUCUCUCGAGGUACAGGCCGAGCUGUCUGGAAUCGAAUUCUCCCUCGAAGAGACCAAGGGCACUCAGGUCUCCUUGAAGGAUGUUCUGAAGAUGGGCGAGGACAAACUCCUGUACCGAUUCUGUCUCUGCAUGUCGCUCCAAUUCUUCCAACAGAUGGCCGGUUCCAACUUGGUCAGCGUUUACGCCCCAAUCCUAUUCCAGCAGGGUCUCGGUUUGUCCAGCCAAUACUCUCGCAUCCUCAGUGGUGGCACUUUGACAUGGAAGUUCUGUGCCUCCUUCAUCGCCUUCUUUACCAUUGACCGCUUCGGUCGCCGUGCUGCCUUCAUCGUCAGCGGCACGGGAAUGUCGCUCUGCAUGAUCGCCCUCGCCGUCGCCACGUCAUUUGGGACAGACAACUACCCGGCCCAGAUUGCUGCGGCCUUCUUCAUCUUUCUCUACAACACGUGGAUCCCCAUCGGUCUCAUGGGCGCCAACUACCUCUACUGCACGGAAGUGGCACCCCUUCGCCUGCGCAUGGCCAUGUCUUCCAUCUCGACCGCCAACCACUGGCUUUUCAACUUCCUGGUCAUCAUGGUCACCCCGGUAGCCCUAAACACCAUCGGCUGGCGCUACUACAUCGUGUACGCCGUCAUCGCCGCUGCGAUGCCCGUCACGGUGUACUUCUUCUUCCCUGAGACGACGGGUCGUAACCUUGAGGAGAUUGAUCUGCUUUUCCGCGAGUCGCCCUCGAUUAUGGCCACCGUGAAGUACGCCAAGACGAGACCUAUCGCGAUGCCACAAGAAUUCAACUCGGAGAAGGGCGAGAAGGCGACCCAUCUUGAGGGUGCGUGA